GGAGUUUUGACAAGUUUGACAGCUUUAAGUUUACGUGGCUGACAAAAAAUAAAUACAAAAGUAAAGAGCAUUUAAAAAAAUAUUAAAUUAAACUUGCAUAAACAUUUUUAUAAAAAUGAAUUCUUUUAAACGCGACAAAAAGGAGGAAGAGGAUGGUAACACUAAUCCCUACCAGAAUUUGGAGAAGACAUCCGUUUUGCAAGAAACAAGGACGUUUAAUGAAACUCCAGUCAAUGCUAAAAAAUGUACGGCUAUACUAACCAAAAUUCUCUGUUUAUUAAAUCAGGGCGAAACUUUGGUUCCACGCGAAGCUACUGAAUGUUUCUUUGCAAUGACAAAGCUUUUUCAAUCUAAAGAUGUUGUUCUUCGUCGAAUGGUAUAUCUAGGCAUAAAAGAGUUAAGCUCUAUAGCUGAGGAUGUUAUUAUUGUAACGAGUUCGCUCACUAAAGACAUGACUGGGAAAGAAGACCUUUAUCGUGCACCGGCAAUUAGAGCAUUGUGUAGCAUAACCGAUAAUACCAUGCUUCAAGCCGUUGAACGUUACAUGAAACAAUGCAUUGUCGACAGAAAUGCUGCAGUAAGCAGUGCUGCGCUCGUAAGCUCACUAAACCUAGCUCAUACAGCAAACGAUGUCAUCAAAAGAUGGGCAAAUGAAGCGCAAGAAGCUCUAAAUAGUGACAAUAUCAUGGUGCAAUAUCAUGCGUUGGGUCUAUUGUAUCACAUAAGGCGUGUAGAUCGCUUAGCAGUAACAAAACUGGUCAAUAAAUUGACACGUCAAAAUAUAAAGAGCCCUUAUGCAGUUUGCUUUUUAAUACGCAUUGCAUGCAAAUUAAUUGAAGACGAGGAAGAGUCACAAGGUGCAGACUCAUUGUUUGAGUUUAUUGAGUCGUGCUUGCGGCAUAAAAGUGAAAUGGUUAUUUAUGAAGCUGCUCAUGCAAUAGUUAAUUUGAAACGAACAACAACAAGAGAGUUAGCACCAGCAGUGAGCAUUCUUCAAUUGUUUUGUGGUUCUUCAAAGGCAACUCUGAGAUUUGCAGCUGUACGUACAAUGAAUAAAGUUGCUAUGACUCAUUCAACUGCUGUGACAGCCUGUAAUUUAGAUUUAGAAGGACUUAUUGCUGACUCUAAUCGUUCCGUUGCUACAUUGGCCAUAACAACUUUGUUAAAAACUGGUGCGGAAAGUUCAGUUGAACGUUUAAUGAAACAAAUUGCUACGUUUGUGGCAGAAAUCUCGGAUGAAUUUAAAGUAGUUGUUGUUCAAGCUAUUCGUUCUUUAUGUACCAAAUUUCCAAGAAAACACAAUGUUUUAAUGAAUUUUCUCAGUGCAAUGUUACGCGAAGAAGGGGGCUUGGAUUAUAAAACUUCAAUCGUUGACACUAUAAUUACGAUAAUAGAAGAAAACGCAGAAGCAAAAGAGUCUGGCCUCUCACAUCUGUGUGAGUUUAUUGAAGACUGUGAGCAUACUUCCCUAGCUGUUCGUAUACUUCACUUGCUUGGUAAAGAAGGACCGUUUUCAAAGACACCAUCAAAGUAUAUAAGAUUUGUGUAUAAUAGAGUAAUUCUAGAGAAUGCUACAGUUCGGUCAGCCGCUGUUUCUGCGCUAGCUUCGUUUGGAGCAAAUAAUGCUGAUUUGUUACCCAAUAUAUUGGUUCUACUUAAUAGGUCACAAAUGGAUGGUGAUGAUGAAGUUAGAGACAGAGCAACAUAUUAUCUUCAAGUUCUUGGAGCAAAAAAUACACAACUACGAAAAGAAUAUAUAAUAGACAAUGAGCUCGUUUCUCUUCCAUUACUUGAAAAGGCAUUGAAAGAACAUUUGCAUGGAUCUCUUGAAGAGUCCUUUGAUAUAAAUACUAUCCCUAAAUCAAUGAUUGCACAUGAAGAAGUUUACAAUGAUGCUAUGAUAGUUUCUAAUUCUAAUAAACCACCUAAGAUAACACGAGAGGAAGCCAAUGUAGAAAAAUUGCUUCAGAUACCAGGUAUUCAACGCCUUGGUCCCCUUCACAAAUCUUCUACUCCUGUUCAGCUUACCGAAAAUGAGACAGAAUACACAGUGUCAUGCGUGAAGCAUUGUUUUUCACAUCACAUAGUUUUCCAGUUUGAUUGUGUUAAUACUUUGCAAGAUCAACUCUUGGAAAAUGUAAAAGUGGAUUUAGUAACAUCAGAUGGUUUUACUACAAGAGCAGUGAUAGCUUGUCAAAAAUUAGCUUAUGGAGAAAAGGAUACAACAUACGUUAUAGUUGAAUUUCCGCCAGACAUUGCCAACUCAACAGCAACAUUUGGUGCUACUCUAAAAUUUGUUGUGAAAGAUUGUGACCCAACAUCAGGACAGCCAGACUCGGAAGAAGGUUAUGAUGAUGAAUAUAUUUUAGAAGAUAUUGAGAUAACUAUUGCCGAUCAAGUUCAGAAAACAAAGAAAAAUAAUUUCUCCGUUGCAUGGGAAAGUGCAGAUACUGAAGAAUGGGUAGAAGCAGAAGAUACAUACUCAUUGGCAGCUGUUAGCACUAUUCAAGAUGCUGUUAGCACAAUUCUCAAGUUUUUGGGUCUCGGUGCUACAAACAUGACAGAGAAAGUACCAGAUGGAGCUCAUACUCACACUCUUUUAUGCUCAGGAAUAUUUCGCGGCAACGUUGAAAUUAUGGUAAGAGCAAAGCUUGCUUUAUCGGAUGAAGUAACAAUGCAACUUACCGUACGAUCCACGGAUCCAGAUGUAGCUGAACUAAUAACAGCUUCAGUAGGAUAAGAUUUCUCAUUCAAAUUACUGUUGAUGUUAAGAUUAUUCUCAUAAAUAAUAAUCAAAUAUAAACUCUAAUAAAAUAAAUGAAUAAUCCGAAA